CUGACCCCGGGCCCUCGGGCAGUGCCUGAGUUUCCAAAUGGUCAGUCCGCCCCUGUUACUACAUGACUGUUCUGUACAACCAGUGAGUGGCUGGAGCUGCUCUGUCCUAGUUCUCUAUUACUUCCCAGUGCAUUCUGGGUCAACAUGGUGAAUAUAGCUUCUAAAAGCAGAUUCUAUAGAUGGUCCAUUCUCAAAAUACUGGAGAGAGAUUUCCAGAAAUAAAAUGUAUUUAUUUAUGUAUUUUAACCACUAGCCUACAGGGCACUUAUACCCCCUUCCUGUCCAGGCCAAUUUCCAGCUUUCAGCGCUGUCACACUUUGAAUGACAAUUGCGUGGUC